AUGAAUGAAACUAGAGAGAAGAUAAAGAACAUUAGUAAUUUAAGAGACCAAACAGUCUGCGUGCCAGUCAAGAAUCUGCAGUUCUAUAUACCAAAAUCCGGAAAACCGCAUACUAUCGGAGAGAAGUUAAUUUUGCCAGCCGUUGAAGAGGUUUUAAAAACUGUUUUACACAAACCUGCAUCUGAUAUCAUUAAAAGAAUUCCCUUAAGCAACAAUACUGUUGAAAGACGUAUUGAUGAAAUGAGUUCUGAUAUUGAAAGCUUCUUAUGUAAUUAUUUGCAAACGACCCAUUUGUCUAUACAACUGGACGAGUCAACUUUACCUAAUAAUGCAGCAUUAUUAUUGGCAUAUGUUCGUUUUAUUAUGAGUCAAGAAAUCUACGAAGAACUGCUCUUCGCAAGAACUUUGAUAACCGACACUAAAGAUUUUGAAUCUAGGUUUGAGGAUAUUUUGACUAUGGUAAUACCACCGUGGAUAAUUAAUCCAUAUGGUGACAUAGAAGAAACGAAUGUCAUAAUACAAGAGGAACUGACUGAACUAAGUACAAACGAAGAACUUAAGGUUCAGUUUAAAAACGGAUAUCAGCAAUUCUGGCUGCAAAACAACAUACCCGUUACUUAUCCCAAUCACCCUAUAAACGUGACGUACAUCCUACAACCAUCUACGUAA